GCGCUUCAGUCAGAAAUCCGUUCGAUUUUCGCUCGACCACGCUGCAGACUCUGCUGUAACCACUAUCAGCGGAUUGCACUCCAGAUCUUGUGUAUUCCACAAUCCGAUUUUCAAUGAGAGGCUUUUCCGCAUGGUGUGAAGCAGGAAAUGCCUGUGUAAGGCCGAGGGAGCACAGAGGUACAUCGAGACCAGCUAGCAGUCUUACUGUCGCCCAACUCGAGGAUGAAACGGACGCGUGAUGAGUACGAAGAGGCUUCCAGUGAAGCUCAUACUGUACAGGAAGAGCUUGAGGAAGAAUCAGUCUUCUGUGUCGAGCGGUCUAAGUACAUCUGUCAGAUAUGCGACCCAGCGACAGUUCGCCCACUCACCUUGAAGAUGGCAAUUAAGCACGAGGAAACCAUAGAGCACACUCGUCGUUUACGUAUAUAUGACGGGCGAGUUCCCUCUAGUGACCUGUUUGUUGCCUCUCCAGCUGCUCGCCCCACCUCGCCUCUACCACCCUCAUCUCCUAUUCGCGAUCCAUACUAUACCAGUGCAACCCCUACUGUUGUGUAUAAUGUGCCAGCUGCCCUACCAAGUUCUCCCAGCACGCCAUCGCAGCAGCACUGUUCACGACAAAGCCGCUUACUUGUCUCGGACGACGACGAAGAUCCUGAUCCGGACAAUGACAGCACACUCGAGAUGACCCCUCGCAACCCUCCAGGCCAGAUUUACGAUGAUUGGGGUGGGCGACUAGGCCGCCGUGCAGAGCAAAGCCAUAUGAACGCUCACACUACCGUGCCGUUCACCAACUAUCCUCGUCCCUAUGUAGAGGAUGUCUCUGAUGAAGAGGACAGUGAUGGCGGUGACGGACAGCUUGAAAACCCGCAGUUCAGCGAUCCGCUUCGUCCAGCUGAGCACGCUCAAGAUGACAACUACGAAAGAGAAGAACAUUCUUCACCUAAGAAUGAGGAAUGGUGGCCAUGGCGCAGCCAGAAGGCUAGUGUCAUCCCGGCACACAAGAGUAUAUUAGUGGACUGA